AUGCCCGGAGCACUUCUACUAGCGGAGUCGCUCUACAUAGCGAUGGAGGUGGUGAUUGCACUCGCGUCCGUGAUCGGGAAUGUGAUGGUGGUCUGGGCGGUGAAAAUUAAUAAAUCGCUGCGAGAUACCACGUUCUGCUUCAUCGUGUCCCUGGCUCUGGCGGACAUCGCGGUGGGAGCGCUCGUCAUCCCGUUGGCCAUCACCAUCAGCAUCGGACUCCAAACUCACUUUUACAGCUGCCUGCUCGUGGCGUGCACGGUGCUGGUGCUAACGCAAAGUUCAAUCCUGGCCCUCCUGGCUAUCGCAAUUGACCGCUAUCUCAGGGUCAAGAUCCCCACCAGGUACAAGCGGGUGGUGACCCCUCGGCGAGCGGGGCUGGCAGUGGUGAUAUGCUGGAUGGUGGCUUUCGUCGUGGGACUCACACCCAUGUUAGGCUGGAACAACCUGAGGCGCCUCCAGCAGAACGGCUCCAUCAGCUCCGACCUCAUCAUCACCUGCCAGUUCGAAAACGUCAUCAGCAUGGACUACAUGGUCUAUUUCAACUUUUUCGGCUGGGUGCUGCCGCCGCUGCUGCUCAUGCUGGUCAUCUACGCGGAGAUCUUCUACAUGAUCCACAAGCAACUCAACAAUAAGAAGUUUACCACCAGUCACACAGACCCCAACAAGUACUAUGACAAGGAGCUGAAUCUGGCUAAAUCACUGGCUCUGGUCCUUUUUCUCUUUGCCAUCAGCUGGCUCCCACUCCACAUCAUCAACUGCAUCACGCUCUUCUGCCCCGAGUGCCAGAAGCCCAUAGUCCUCCUCUACAUCGCCAUCCUGCUCACUCACGGCAACUCUGCUGUCAACCCAAUUGUCUAUGCUUUCCGCAUUAAGAAGUUCCGCACGGCCUUCAGGAAAAUCUGGCAGCAAUACUUCUGCUGCAAGGACACACCGGCUCUGGAGAUUCAGCCCAGCGACCGGAAAGAGAUGCCCAACCCGGAGCCACAGCAGGCGACACCCCCCCAGCCCCCUCAGAACAAAAGCCCAAAUUCCGAUCCUGUGCAACAGCAGCCGCCUCCCCCUGAGCAGCAACAGGACCAGAGGACCGAACCACCGCAGCAACCCAAAGAACAUCCACCCUCACUGGAGCAGAACGCAGUAUAA